AUGGUGACAAGAGGGAGCAGCACAGCCCAUCAUCCGGCGGGGGAUCCGACACACAUUUCCGAGACGUCCACUUCCAGUCUAAACAACACAGGCGCUGGGCCACGCAAUAAACGUCCGACACCUCGACAGGCGGGCUCGGAAGCCGCCGGAAAUCGCCGCAAGCUGCAAAAGGUCAGCCGGGCUUGCGACUACUGCAAAUUAAAGAAGCUGAGGUGCACCGGAAAUGUCCCCUGUGAAGUGUGCGCUAAGAAGCGCUUGCAUUGUCUUUACGAUGCCCAGUACCGACGCGGCCGCCCACCAACACCACAAGCUGGAGAGACGACAGUCCGGCAUCACGCAACUCAGACGCCGCCGGCCGGCGGAGUCUCGAGUCAGUCGGACAUCGCCGUUGAAAGGACUGGUCCCGAACCAGGCGGUGAGUUCUCGAAUGCUUCUGUAGGCGAGGGGCCCCAGAGUCGGGCCUCGCCAGAACUCGAGACUGCCGAACUUGAAGGCCAAUUUUUCGACCUCAAUUCAAAUUUCGCAUUUCUACACCGAGCCUGGAAGAGAUUUUCCUGCCAGAAGGGAGGAACAAUUCCUGAUGUUCUCACUGGCUCUGAGCGCUCACAGCCUCUCGUGUCGGCUGGAGACCGGCCGUUGCUCGUCCCCUCUGGCGAAACGGUGCGGAUUCCGGAUCGCCAAGGUGCAACGCAACUAUUUGAGUUUUACUUUGAAAAUUGCGUUGUCACAUAUCGCUGUCUCCAUCGCCAGUAUUGCGCGUCGUUUCUCCAACCUGUGCUUCACAAUGCACAGCAAAACCUACCUCUGCACCACAACAUCGGCCAUGCCAAGGCCGCGCUUAUUAUCAACAUUUUUGCCAUUGCGAGCCUUCGAAAAGAAAAGACCUCCGGAUCCACAUCCCCGUAUAACGUGAAUCAAGUACCAUUGAGUGACAGCGACCAUUACUUCUGCGAGGCGCUCCGUCUCACAACCGCCGAGACUGGUCUUCCGCGCUUAGAGUCUGUCCAAGCAAGGAUGUUGCAGGUACUUUUCCUCCUACAAACUGGCCGAAUGAACCAGGCAUGGUACAUAUUUGGGGGCACAGUUCCUAUCGUUUCUGCCCUUGGCCUCCAUAGAACCUCUGGGCGAGGUGGAAGCCGAAAUGUCGCGGGUGUCAAGACGGACUACAUUGUCUUGCAAUGCCGCCGACGCACAUUCUGGGUCGUAUACAUCAUUGAUAAAUACCUUUCAGUUGUUUUUGGAAGACCCAGGCUGUUACAUGACGAUGAUAUUAACCAGGAGUAUCCCGAUCAUGUCAAUGAUGAAGACAUGAACUCGCAUGGGCCCUCUGCAUCUGCCCCAACAUUUGACUGCCAUAUCGACUCGCUAAUAGCGCACGCAAAGAUUGCUCGAAUCAUCGACAAUAUAUCGAGAGAAGUCUACUCUCUGAAGCCGGUUCCGACGCUUGAAAAGUUUAAUGCGGCCAAAAAAUUCCGUCAUCAGCUCCACGAUUGGCGCCGGGGUCUGCCUGCCUAUCUUGGAACUAUUCAACCACGAAGCCUCAUACCUUCUUUCUGUCGGCAAGCAAUAGCAUUGAAGCUGGCAUAUUGCCACGCCGUGAUGCAUGCAAAUCGGCCUUUCAUCCUCGGCUACAAUCGCCAGUCAGCCUCGUCAUCAAUAGACGAAAUCGUUUCAGAAUGCAUCAGCGCAGCUAAGAUGGCUCUGGAGACCGUUGAUGAUAUUAUGAGCGAUGGUAUGCUCUUCCACGCCUUCUGGUGGACGCCAUAUGCCACGUUUUGCGCCGUGGCUGUCGUCUACGUGUGGGAGAUUCAACAAAGGGGCCGCGGUGGUGACGUCGGCAGUGAUCCAUUACUCAUGGAACUAGCAGAGCGCUGUCAUAAACACCUAUACCAGGCUGCGGCUACAUACUCCCUUGGGCUUCGGUACAGCAUCAUCCUCGAAGAGCUCCGCUUGCAGGCAAGACAGGGCUCGGUGGAGCUCGCUCAGCACCAGUUUGCGGAUACAGUUGGCAUCGCAGUGGUACAGGAUAAUGCACUAGAUAUCGGUCCUGGUUCGGGCGCAGUGGGUCUGGACGUGAGCCAGAUGCCAAAUGACAUAGAUGCUGUUCCUCUCCCUCCCCUCAACGAAUGGCAGCUUGCGGAUUGGCUUGACCUCGACUCAUCAGCAUUGGUUCCGAUUUCCGAUCUCGAGAAUUUUCCAGUUAUCUGGGAUGUGUAA